UUGGAUCACCCAUCCAGCGGCUGACAUUAAGCAAAGCUACGAAAUUAGGACCACAGGAUAUGAAUAAACUGGUUAUUGCUACGUAUUUGUUUGGGCUGUCUUAUCAUUUGUUAGUGUGCUAAACAAAGCAAAAGAUUUCAAGUAGUAGUAGCGAGUACUUUUUUAUAUUAUUUAUUAUUUUAAUUUCCAUAAUUAAAUUAGAAAUGGUUUUAUUAUAUGAUCUGGGAUUCUAAUGAAGUUGUUAGCUAAGACCAUCUAAAGAACUGAGAGUAUAAAUAGAGAAAGGGUUAUUAAAGGUGAGCAGGAGACAGAAGGAGGUAUCCUUGUGUUUGGCUUUAGCUUAUUGGAAAGGAGGAGAAGAGUUUUGGUUGAUUUGUUGGAGUUAAGAGGGAAGGGUAAGAAAGGAGGAAGGAGAAAAACAAAUGGGGAGAGGUAGGGUUGAGUUGAAGAGGAUUGAAAACAAGAUCAACAGGCAAGUAACUUUUGCUAAGAGAAGGAAUGGACUUUUGAAGAAAGCCUAUGAGCUUUCCGUUCUUUGUGAUGCCGAGGUUGCUCUCAUCAUCUUCUCCAAUAGAGGAAAGCUGUACGAGUUUUGCAGCAGUUCAAGCAUGAUCAAAACUUUGGAGAGGUACCAAAAGUGCAACUAUGGAGCUCCAGAGACAAAUGUGUCAACUAGGGAGGCUCUGGAGUUAAGCAGUCAGCAGGAGUAUCUGAAGCUUAAAGCCCGUUAUGAAGCCCUACAAAGGUCCCAAAGGAAUUUACUAGGAGAAGAUCUGGGCCCUUUAAGCAGCAAAGAGCUUGAGUCUCUUGAGAGGCAGCUCGAUUCAUCAUUGAAGCAGAUCAGAUCGACGCGGACCCAAUACAUGCUGGAUCAGCUCACUGAUCUCCAACGGAAGGAACAUCUACUUAAUGAAGCCAAUAAGACCCUAAAACAAAGGGCUGGUGCUCUGCAGUUGGUGGAAGGCUACCAAGUAAAUUCACUCCAACUGAAUCCGAAUGCAGAAGAUGUGGGCUAUGGGCGACAACCAGCUCAGCCUCAGGGCGAUGGCUUUUUUCAUCCCUUGGAGUGUGAGCCAACAUUACAAAUUGGAGAAAACAACAAUCUGCCUUACCACUGUGACAGAUAUCAGCCUGAUCCAAUAUCAGUGGUCAACGCGGGGCCAAGUGUGAAUAAUUACAUGACAGGAUGGCUACCAUGAUAAAGAAGGAAGCAUGGGAGAAUGAUGCAUGCAUGGUAUGCAUUCCCUCAUAAGAGUCAGCAAGCACAUUUUAUCAUCUGAUGUAUGUUAUCUUGAUGAAGCAAAACGUGUGGAUUUAUAUUAUGACUUAAUUUGUGUCUUAAUUAGAAUGCACUGUAAGUAACGCCUGUGUGAGCGCUCAAGCACUGCGCAUCUUUAUUUCAGCACUUUUUAUUUGUUUGAAAUAAUUGUUAAUUGUCUGCUUUGGUUUGCAUCAAUAAAUUAUCUCAUGCAUCCACUUUUGA